CAGUCGCGCGUCCCCGCCAUUGGCAGAGCCGGGGGGGGGUCACCCCCCGGGGGGCGAAUGGUACAGUCCUCCGCCCGCGCCCCGGCCCGGCCCGCAGCUAGCUAGCCAGCCCGGAGCCCAGCGCCUCCGCCGCUGCCGCCGCGGCCGCCCGCGGAGUCCCAAGCGGAGCCAGAGGCGGCGAUGGAGGGAGUCAGCAGCCACCGUACCCUGUCCUACAGCCGCUGGAGCUAUGACAGUGUCUUAGAUGAUGAGGGCAGAAACCUGAGGCAGCAGAAGCUUGACCGGCAGCGGGCCCUGCUGGAGCAGAAGCAGAAGAAGAAGCGCCAGGAGCCCCUGAUGGUGCAGGCCAAUGCAGAUGGGCGGCCCCGGAGCCGGCGGGCCCGGCAGUCGGAGGAGCAAGCCCCCCUGGUGGAGUCCUACCUCAGCAGCAGUGGCAGCACCAGCUACCAAGUUCAAGAGGCCGACUCACUCGCCAGUCUGCAGCUGGGAGCCACACGCCCAACAGCACCAGCUUCAGCCAAGAGAACCAAGGCAGCAGCCACAGCAGGGGGCCAGGGUGGCGCCGCUAGGAAGGAGAAGAAGGGAAAGCAUAAAGAUGUAACUCAGGAGUGUCCGUGGCCUGCAGGCACCAGCGGGCCAGCAACACUGGCAGAAGACAAGUCUGAGGCCCAAGGCCCAGUGCAGAUCCUGACUGUGGGCCAGUCAGACCACGCCCAGGACGCAGGGGAGACGGCAGCUGGUGGGGGCGAACGGCCCAGUGGGCAGGAUCUCCGUGCCACGAUGCAGAGGAAGGGCAUUUCCAGCAGCAUGAGCUUUGAAGAGGAUGAGGAGGAUGAGGAGGAGAACAGCUCCAGCUCCUCCCAGCUAAAUAGUAACACCCGCCCCAGCUCUGCUACUAGCAGGAAGUCCGUCAGGGAGGCAGCCUCAGCCCCUAGCCCAACAGCUCCAGAGCAACCAGUGGAUGUCGAGGUCCAGGAUCUUGAGGAGUUUGCACUGAGGCCAGCCCCCCAGGGUAUCACCAUCAAAUGCCGCAUCACUCGGGACAAGAAAGGGAUGGACCGGGGCAUGUACCCCACUUACUUUCUGCACAUGGACCGUGAGGACGGGAAGAAGGUGUUCCUCCUGGCGGGAAGGAAGAGAAAGAAGAGUAAAACUUCCAAUUACCUCAUCUCUGUGGACCCAACAGACUUGUCUCGAGGAGGGGACAGCUACAUCGGGAAACUGCGGUCCAACUUGAUGGGCACCAAGUUCACUGUUUAUGACAAUGGAGUCAACCCUCAGAAGGCCUCAUCCUCCACUUUGGAAAGUGGAACCUUACGUCAGGAGCUGGCAGCUGUGUGCUAUGAGACAAACGUCUUAGGCUUCAAGGGGCCUCGGAAGAUGAGCGUGAUUGUUCCAGGCAUGAACAUGGUUCACGAGAGAGUCUCCAUCCGCCCCCGCAACGAGCAUGAGACACUGCUAGCACGCUGGCAGAAUAAGAACACGGAGAGUAUCAUCGAGCUGCAAAACAAGACACCUGUCUGGAAUGAUGACACACAGUCCUAUGUACUCAACUUCCAUGGGCGCGUCACACAGGCCUCUGUGAAGAACUUCCAGAUCAUCCAUGGCAAUGACCCGGACUACAUCGUGAUGCAGUUUGGCCGGGUAGCAGAGGAUGUGUUCACCAUGGAUUACAACUACCCGCUGUGUGCACUGCAGGCCUUUGCCAUUGCCCUGUCCAGCUUCGACAGCAAGCUGGCGUGUGAGUAGAGGCCUCUUCGUGCCCUUUGGGGUUGCCCAGCCUGGAGCGGAGCUUGCCUGCCUGCCUGUGGAGACAGCCCUGCCUACCCUCUGUAUAUAGGCCUUCUGCCAGAUGAAGCUUUGGCCUUCAGUGGGCUCCCUGGCCCAGCCAGCCAGGAACUGGCUCCUUUGCCUCUACUGCUGAGGCAGGGGAGUAGUGGAGAGCGGGUGGGUGGGUGUGAAGGGAUGAAAAUAAUUCUUUCGUGCCCCGAGAUCACACACUCCCACCCUUGGGGUAGUAGUGUGUCGUAGUCGUGGUUACCAAGCUGAAGAACCUCUUCAGCUGGGAAGGCCAGAAGAGGCAUUAGAGGGAGAGGAAGCACAAUGCAGGGCUGCUGUGGCCCAGUCAUCCGCUCAGGCAAGGAGUCAGAUGGCAUCGGGUACUUCAGCAGGUAGGGGCACAGUGAGUGUGUGUAUGUAUGAAGGCCACGUCAACUUUAUGUAGCACAGGGCUUGGUGGCCGAGCCUGGCCCUUAAACAACUGCAGAAAGCCCUUCAACUAAAGAAGGCCUCACCCAACCCUGAGAGAAGUUGGGAGGAUGGUGGGGACAAGUAAGUGGCAGGACCCUGUCAGGAUUGCAGGUGCCUGGCUCGCAGUGGCUGUGGGAAUCAGCUGGUGGCUAGGGUUCUAGCGCAUUUGAUUUCUCCAGGUUUGCUGUGUCUCACAGAGGCAGUAGGAACCCAAUUGACAGGGCUGUCUUAGUGGAGGGGCCUGCAGGACACAGGCUCAGCAUGCAGAACUGCAUGAACAGGGUCCCUGGAUCAGGGUUGUUCUGGGAGUUCUCUCAGCUGCCCCAGGAGCUCUCUGCUGAGCAGCCCAGCACGACCCCCAGGAAAUACAGAUGGGGUCCAGGUCACCAGCUGACUGCACACAGCUAGGCAUGCCUGGGGAUCCUGCUGCCAGAGAACCAUUCUCAGGCCAUGGCAUGCUCCUUAAAGAAUUCUCUCUCUUUCUCUCUCUCUUUCUCUCGCUCUCUGGACCCAACUCUCUCACUGCUGUCAGGCAAUAUUUUAGAACCACAAGAGAUCAGCGGUGGCAGGACCCUUAGGGAUCUAGUACAACCUUGUUGCUUUAGGUGAAUCACAGAAAACGGGGCUUGCCCUAGGUCACCCAGCUGGUUAAUGGCAGCAUUAAGAACUUCAAGUUCUCUUGAUUUCUUUGUUCCUAUUGUCCCCCAAGAAACUAGUAUCUCUGGCCUCCUGGGGCCCAUUCUGCAUGUCCUCCUCACUCCCCCCGAUUCCAGAGACUUAGAAACAACAAAGUUGAUACAUAAGAUUGAAACCAUUCCAGUAGGAAAUCAGGCAGUUUGCUGUUGAAAGUUGUCUGGCUUUUUGCAUGUGAGUAUGAUCCAGGACUGGCCUGUGUCUGGCCCCUCUUUGAGGGCUACUCAGCAGUAGGCAGGCCUUAGUAAGGCUGCCGCACACUUUUUGGUCUAGGUGAGAGUGCAUAAAGGUUCUGGGGCUGAGCCUGAUAAUUCCCUCCACUGCCGCUAUUUCUCCUUGGAUGGCACCAUCCACCUGGCAGGCUUGGGAACUCUAAGCUCAAGCUCUUGCUCAUUUGUCAUUUACCCUGGUGGAAGCUUCUUGCCCAGAUAGAGAUCUGAAAUCGGUGGGAAGCAAGCAGGGAUUGUACCUUGCUUUAGAGUAGAUAUGUUUCGAAAAGCAAAGUAGAAAUUUUUUUAAAUAUAAGUUGUAUUUUAAACAUGUUAGGCUUUGUAGGUGAAGGACUUGUUUUGACUUAAGUAGAAGUAAUAUGCUCUCAUUUCUUUGUAAUGUAGAUUUUCGUAUUUUGAAUGCUUAAAGCAAGGCAUACCUGUUCUAGCAGGAUCUGCCCAGACCUCGGCCGUACAUCUCUGUGAGAAGCCCCUCCAAGGAUUAGCUUUUGCAACAUGGUCCAGUUUCUAGAGGGCACUAGAACUUUCUGUGCCAGGGCUGGCGAGUUAUCAUGGUGCCAUCCUCCUUUCUAUAGUUCCAGUUUAGCCCUUCCUUCCCUGCCUUUAAGGAGAAGAAAUGUGGUGACAUUUGAGAUGAUGGAAACUACAUCACCUCUAAUGUCAGGUCAAGCUAUUUCUCUGGAUCUAUGAUUUUAAGAUAAAACAGGCUGGUUCUGAGUUCUGGUAAGACAGAGACCCUGGCGGUAGUGGAAAAAUCAGAAGCACAAAGGAAAACUCUUGGCCUCUUCUUUCUCCUGUAGCACACAGAAGAGGGAGUUGGCUAGAUCUUUUGGUGGGGUCAGGAAACAUGGGCUGAGCUUUCUAGUCUGAGUGUGGAGAAGGGUAACCUCAGCCACAAAGCUCUGUCAGGCAUUGAGUGACAAGCCUCAGCAGCUGAGUGCACUCCUGGUGAUGCUGGUUUUCCUUGAAUACUGGCCCUGGGGCUAUGGACGCAUGGACUCAUAAAGCUGUUGGCACCCCUGGAAACCACCUGGGUUCAGCCUAUCCCACAGUAAGAGUUCUUGCCCUUCAUACCCUCUCGCUGGAUGGAUGGUCCUUGAUUAGGCAGGGAAUUAAUGACAGAAUGAGCAGUCCCUAAUGGUAUUGGGCAGCUGGGAGUUUAGGCAGCUUCUCUGUAACCGCUCCUGGGACCACACCUGAAAACUCUACACCCUCUGCCCCAGAACAAUUCUGGAGAGUGGUGAAGUUCACUUUCCCAACUCUUCUCCAAGUCUAGCUUUUCUUUCCUUCUGGCUCCAAGGUGCUCUGUGUCGGUCUGUGUAUGUGUGUGUCUGCGUGUCUCUGUGUAUAUUUGGGGAAAAGGGCAAUCAGCAAUCAACUGAGGUUUCUUAAUUGUGAUUAUAUUCCUGAGAAUGAGUAGGAAAGGAAUAAGGAUGUUAUGAUCGCCUGUGGAUUCUGUCCAUUCAUUUCAUGCUCUUUGAAUAGAAGGUAUACCUGGGAAAAUACCAGCUUUUUCUCUCAGGGUUCUGAGUGAGAGGACACCAUCCAAGAAUGUUGUUAGCUUUUCAGUUCCCACUCUGCAUUGCCUGAAGAAAUUGGUAUGUUGCACGUAUGCUUUUGGUUGAAAUUGAACAUAUUCUAGUGAAUGUGCCUUAAAAAUCACGACACUAGUUCAGAGGAAGCACAUAAGGUCCAGACCUAUGGCGAAGACAGGUGUUGGAAGACAGGACUGUGAUAGUCAGAAGCUGUAAGAGAACUUUUGGAGCCUGCAGGACAUUUACCUCUUAAAUAAACUUAGCAUUUAGAGGUAGUUCUAAAUUUAACAAGUGACAGGGUUGAUUUGAAAGAAAAAGGUCCAUGCUUUGCUUACAAUGGAGUCUGCAGUGAGGGGAGAUACUGAGAUAGCCAUUUCUAUGGCUCUGUUAUGAAAGCACAAAUUCCAUCUCCUAGAUGGACUUCCUGGUUUUCUCCUACUGCAGUAACACUGGCCUUCCCUUCUCUAAUUCCUUACCCCAGCUGCAGCAUCCCUGUGUCAACCCAGGAUGCCAAGUGGCCCUCAGAUUACACUUCUCCAGAUAGCAGAAUGAGUCUGCUUUCACUGUUACUGGGACCUGAAUGAUCUGCAGUCAGGGCCCAGAGUUGGGACUUCUGGGCUCUGGUGUGUAGGCUUGUAGUAGCCACCAGUAAUAAGCCAAGGGCUGGGCUCUUGUUUGAGUUUAUGGCCACCUGGAAUUUUCUGUCAUCUCAGGAUACAGUUGGGAGGGGCAGAACAGACAUUAUGACAGGUUUGGUUUUUAAAAUUUCCAACCAAGUUUGAAAAGGCAAGUUGGUCUUAUAGAAAGCACUACUGCACUGAGUAGCUAUGUGAUUUUGAGCAAACCAUGUAAUCUCUCUAGGUCCAUUUUCCUAAACCACAAGAUGAAGAUGUUACAUUGUCAAAGCUUGCUGUAGGAUUCGGGGUGAAUGAAAGUUACUCCUUGCUUUCAUCACUACCUUUAUAGCUCAUUACUGUGCCUUUUUUUCUUUCCUAAGACAUCACAUCCCUCUCCUCUGUGCUCCUGUCCCUCCCUCCCCCUAGCAAGGUCCAGGCAAAGCUGGAGAUGAGGCUGAGAUCCAGAUUUUCUUAGAAGGCAACUUAGAAUGGCUAGGAAAGGGAAACCUGACUGCUUGGUCAGGAGGGUGCACGAUCUCUUGCUGGGAACACAGCCAGUUUUCACAAUGCCUAGAAUGUGUGUGUCUAUUUGCACAAGUUGUCUUUUCCUAUUUUGGAGUGGUCAGACAUUUAUUUUUGUUCAAGAUUAUCUGGAGUUUUAGACAAAUUUACAAAACUGUGCUUUUAUUAAGUGACUUUUUGAAUAAACUUCUUUGGUAUUCUGGAGCAAAUGUAUUUAUUUAUUGGUAUGUGCAAUGACAAACUUGGUAUUUUCCCAUGUUGACAUUACGUAUGUUGUAGAAUUUAGUGUUUGUCUAAGUACAGACAUAUAUCAACAAAUUAAACUUGAAUUGUUUCAACA